CAAGGUUCUCCCUCUCCUGAUUACAGAACAAGCCUACCCAAAGCAGGCCGUUGCCAGGGUAACGGCAGGCCCUGCUCCUCACGCGAAACCUGGGAAAGGACUGAGCCGGCCUUGGGACCCGAGAGUUUGUGGAGACCCGUGUCGGGGAAUUAAGCGGGCGGUCUCCUUCGCGGGGGACUAUUAACUGGGCGUCACUUGAGAACGGGAAGGAGUUCUUUGUCAUUUUAUGCAGGACUGAGGAGACGAGAGAAUUGAGGCGUCCCACCUUCCUUGCAACUGGAGAAAAUGAGAAGCAGGGAACUCUGAGAUGGAGCUAAACUGGAAAUUAGAUAGAGUCUCAAGACCAGGGUCAGCUACAGUUCGGGUCACAGAUUUGGGCUGGCAAGGUCUCCUGAAUCCUAGUCCAUUCAUUAAAGAUGAGGAGGAACUCUUUGUGGACAAGUAUCUUUCUCCUGCUAAACUGAAAACACUGACAGGACUAGAUGAUUUGCAUCAAGUAAAGGCCCUAGAAAUGCGUGUAGACACAAGAGAAAACAGCUUGGGAAACUUUGGUACUUGCCUUCCAAAUCUAAAACGACUGAAACUGAACAACAGUGUGCUUACUUCUGUGAGGGACCUCGGAACAGCACUAUCUAGUCUUCAGGUCCUGUGGAUGGCUCGUUGUAGGCUUCCAGAUUUAGAUGGGAUUGCUUCCUGUUGUUCUUUGAAGGAACUCUACAUAGCCUACAACAAUAUUGCUGACCUGAGCGAACUAAGCCUCCUGGACCAUCUGGAGAUUCUAGACCUAGAAGGAAACAAUAUUGAGGACCUUAAUCAGAUUCAAUAUCUGGGUCUCUGUCCUAAACUAACUACUCUUACACUGGAAGGAAAUCUUGUUUGCUGGAAGCCAAAUCCACAGUCUUCAGAGGUCCCUGACUACAACUACAGAGCUGAAGUGAAAAAACUGAUCCCUCAUUUAAAAUGUCUGGAUGACAUACCAGCACACAAAACAGCACUUCCUUUCCCACACAAGAUGAACAAGGACUGGUUCAUUGUCAAAGAAUCAAUCAAAGAAGGAGGUUUACUGGAAGAGACUUCCAUUUCAGAUCUAGGAUCUGCAACAAGAUGGCCUUCAGCUGCUAUGAGGACUGCCUCGGCCCAGUUGUCAUUAACCUCCAGACCUCAGACUGCACAGAGACCUCCCAGUGCCCAUUUGCUGUCCAGUUGUAGCACGCUCCUGGAAACUAGCAUAGGGGAGGAGAUGCUGCCUGAAGAUGAUGCUAGUGACUUGACCCAUGGUGUCAGCAGAGUUAUAUGUGGGAACCCCAUCAAAGCUCUUCAUGCACGGAGGCAAAAACUGGGUCCUGCAGUAAUGAAUCUGUUCCAGUCACCAUGUCAUUCAACAGAACAUAGCCAUGACUUUGAAGGAACCAGUUCUGUAAAUGGAGAAGACAUCUUUGAUGAGCUGACAGUCUCAAGAGAACAUCAUUAUCAGCACUUGCAAGCCCUCCAAAGGGAGACGUCUCUCCAGGUACUAAAAGUAAAACACAAUGAGGAGGAGCAGGAAGACCACACCUUGAAUGACAGCUGUGAUGAAGACCUGAAAGAAACCAUUCAGGAGGACAUAGUAAAAAUCACAUCAUCCCAUUCCUCUUGCCAGUCAUCAUCAGAUUCAUUGCAUGUUCUGGAAAAUGUGUUACCCAUCAUUGCAAAGCCCUUUCUCAUACCCUCUCCUCCGAAAUGUCCAUCACCUGCAUCUGGACAGGGCAUGACAGCUGGUCUUUUCAGAGCCAGACACCUGAAAGUACCUGGUUCAAAGAAGCAAGCUCUACUGAAGCCAGAAUCUCCGUCAGUUGUGAACAGAGAUACAGUACAACAUGUGGUGGAGAAGACUACUAUGCUCCAUCUCCAGGGAAAAGCUGAUGCCUCAUCAUUCUUAGGGCAGAGGCACAGGACUUGUGGUAUUGACACCAAGCAUUGGAAACCCAUUUUAGGACCAACCAAAGACAGGUUUGGUUAUAACUGGUGUGAACAGAAGCCUCCAUAUAGCAGUCGAUACUCACCAACCUGUUGUUCACUCACACACAAAAACAUCAGAGAGACUUGCGCUGCUGAAUGUGGUCCGCCCUCUGACCGCCAAGGCUGCCCUGCAGAGCUUGCCAAACAGGCCGGAUAUCUCAGUGACAUCUCAAAGCAAGACUCCCAAAUUGUAGGAAAUGUCCUGAGCAGCUGUGCAGACAUUCUUGCCAAGUCACAGAAGCAUUCAGCUGCUCUCUGUGUUUCCCAUCUUCCGAUCCAGCAACACAAGUUGGCUUCCCUGAUUCAUCUCAACUGCUGAGCCCGACAGUGCUCUUAGGCAAGCAAAGCAGCUUAAAGGAACAACUCAGUUUACCUCCAACAAGAGUUCAGAUGCAGAGAGAGAGAGUCUGCAACUCUCUUAAGCAGCCAUUUUAACAGCCUUUAUAAGAAAAGCAAAGAAGGUCGGUGCCCUUCAAAUGUCUACCUGAUGUCUAGAGCUGCUGUGUGACUGUCCUAGUGAGCCAGAGUGGGCCCCUCGGCGCAUUCAACAGCAGGAGGAGACAGACAGUCCUUUAGCCUUCCAUCAACCAUCCAGGUGCAGCUUGGAUGCAUUCCCACUAGGAAAUUGACAGACUGGGAAAGCUGUAUAGCUACAACUGUCUUGGGCUGGAAUUUAGUGUUCUUCAGGCAGGAUCCUGAUUUGUAGAACACAUCUUUGAUUCAGGAACUAAGUUUCAGCUGCACACUGAUGCAUUAUUUUCAGUGUGGUGUUACUGAAUAGCUCACAGGGAGUCCAGGCAGCUUUUACCAUAACACUAUGUUUUAUUUGUGAUUGGAAGAAACCCGUGAUAUCCAUCCAGAAUUGCUGCCAUACAGAUGUAUUUACAUGAAAUGUUUGCUAAGCAUGAUGAUGACUGUUUUGCACUAGAUGUGGAUCAUUCCCAGUAAUCCUGCAUUUACCUUGUACUGUAUUCUUCAUGCCUUUUUACCACAAAUAUACUUACCAAUAAAUGAUCUGUGACUUAUUUAUCGUAUCAGAAAAACAGAUACAACUGCAAGCUUCUUCUAAAGGCAAUACCCCUAUUUUAAUACCAUGUUAUAUUUUGACUUGGUGUGAAGUGCUCUAAAUUGGAGUAAGCUGGGCUAAUACACAUAGCCAAGCUCUUGUCAGUGUUUACAGUUUUGCCUGGCCCCAUGUAUACAGUCCCCUGGAUGAAGUCCUCAUGUGAACCAGCAACUUAAGAGACAUGGUUGUCAGUGCUUGUCCUAGUGACAGCUGGAACACAUGCUGCCACUGUCAUGAGAACUAGUGCUGGCCAUAUCUGUGACCACAUGGUUUGCAUGGUCUCUUUGUCCAAAAAAUUCAAGACACAGUGGAAAAUAUGAGCAGAAUGGUGUGAACUUGUACUCAGGUAUUGAAUGUUUUGAAACCAAGUACUGUAAUUUUUUAAUGGAUGCUUUUAAAAUAAUAGAUAUUUUCUGGAAUUCUAUUCAGAAUGAAUUAUGUUCCAACCCAAAUGACUGAGCUACUUCUUUACUGACAGAAUUUGAAAUCCAUUACAUAGAUGCAUGAAUGAAAUCUUUAUUAUACAGUCAAAACCCUCAGCCAGUUCUUUAUGUUAAAAUCAAGAUUCAAAAAAUAUGAGAAG